GUUUCAACGAGAAUUGAUUCCAUAUAUACCUGAUAUAAUAAUAGAAGUACAACAUCAAACUAUUGCUGACAUUCUUAAUAAAUUAAUGGAUGAUAAUACUGAACUGAUAGAUACAGUAUUAGACUGUAUUAAUAAUUUAACACUUGGAACAGAAUAUUUGAAUGAUUAUAAGGAUAAAGUACUAGAAAUGUUGAAUAAACAUUUAAAAACGAAUUUAAUACCUUCCAUCGCCAAAUUUAUUCUCAGCGAUUGUACAACGGUGGAGGCAUAUAAGAAAGUAUUAUGCGUAUUACGCAAUCUCGAUAUGCAGCCUCUUCACGGUGAACAAUUGGAAGAUUGUUAUAAAAGUCAAACGAUAUUGUUCCAAAAUAUUAAAAUGAAUAUUCUACUAUCAAAGGACAUGGUAUCUGCGGCGUUGACAAUUAUCAAAAAAGUUACUAAAGAUCCAAAACCAAUGGAUAUAAUAUUACUACUUCUUAUAUCGUCUACUGGAUCAUCCAGAAGAAAAAAUGUUGAUACUAUUUUAAAACAACACGUGCGGUCUGGAUUUUACAGAUUAAGUUUACUUCAACUCUUAUAUAAUAAUUAUAAAGAGGUUGUACGAGAUUUACAAUCAUCCGCAUUACAAUUAGCAAGCAAUUUGUUAAAAGCAGAGGAAAGAAUUUAUGUUGAUUUUGCUAUUGAAUGGUUGAGAUUACAGUUUCUCAGUCAAAAAGAUGCCAUUCAUAAGCAACGUAAAAUAAUAGAAAAACUUAUUUUGCUCAUGGGUAAUAAUGAUCAAACUGUGAGGAAUGCCCUUAAAGUAUUGUGUAAAAUGGCAGAGGGAAAAGAAGAAAAAGAAUAUUUGUAUAAACAUUGCAAUCAUUUGAGAAUUCUAUUAGAAAAAAUAGAUCAUUUUGGUAUAGAAGAAGUUGGCACGUUAAAUGAUUUAUUACACAGUUUAUGUUCAAGUACGCUGGCAGAUACUUUACGUGAUGAUUUAUUUAUAGUAUUACAAAAGCAACUUUCUGCCAUUAAACCACAAAUAAAAUGCAAAGGAGUUCUUGCAGCUGUAAUGGCAAUAAAACAUAUGGCGUGCAAACCAGACAGUCAUACGUCUGCCCGCAAUUUAUUCAAAAAAGUUUUACAUGCAGUAAAAUCAUAUCCACGUUUGCAAGCAUUAUUUUAUGAUCAACUGGCACAAGUUAUUUCACAAACCGAAUCUAUUAAUGAAGAAUUUCUUCAAAACGUGGCUGCUUAUCUACAAGAAGAAUUAGUCAGUACAUAUAUGAUUAAUAAAUCAGAUUAUAACGGUGAGCUUAUACCUAAAUUUGGUUUGAAUAAUCUAGAUGACGAGCCACAGAAUUUAGUAUUAAAUUUUGGUAAUAAAAAGUGCGGAGCUAUUGUCGCUAUUACGUUUAGAUUAUUAAAAACCUGUUACAUGAAGCUCAGUGAAAAUGGGGACUUGGAAGCAAUAGAUUCUUUAUUAGGAUGUUCCAUUCUAAUGCCAGAUAAUUUUGAUAUGCCAGAGCCUUUAACGAUAGAUCUUGUAAUAUCUUGUAUUAAUUGGUUUCGAGAAAUUAUAAGUGGCUUUGUAACGCAAUCGCAACCUUUAUUAAAAAAACAAGUAUUAACGCGGUUAAAUGAUUUAAUGUCUUUGCAAGGAGAAUUAAGUCCAAUGUUAUCCCUAUGUGAUCCAAAAUAUCAACCACCGCCAUGUUAUUUUCAUUAUUUUCCACCACCACCUUUUGUAAAAGUUGAAAAAACUAUAAAAAAGAAAGGAAAAAAAAAAUCAUUAGAGAAAACUCUAAAUACAUGUGGUGAACAAGGAAGUUGGGAAAUGGGUUCUACAUUGUGCUUUAAAAAUCCAGCAUAUUUUAGAAAACUCGAUGCCAAAAUAAUACAUUUACUAGAUUUUAAAUUAAAUUUACAUGCAUCGCCAACAAUAGAAAGCAUUUCAAUAUCUCAAAUAUGUUUUAUUGUUAAAGAAGUUCUGGGAAUGUUUGAAAAUGAUCUUAAUGAAGCAUUUGUGAAGGAUAUUAUAAAUUUAUUGCCAAAAAUAUGCGAAAAGUUACAUGAGAUUGUAGAAGAACUCAGAGAAGAAGACGUUGAUGAUAAAAGAGAAGCAGCAAGAUUGAUAUUAUGUCUUCUAGCAAAAGUUUUCAAUUGGAAAGAAUUUCAUAGUGCUAUUUAUAAUCCAUUACUUCGUGAGGGAUUAAAAAUAUUAGCGUGUCAACAAAAUGAUACGAAUUUAUCGCUUAAAUCUUGCAAAGAACUUGUUACUGAAUCAUGCAAAUAUAUUGAAUCUUUAUCUGAUAUAGCCACAAGAAUAUCAAUCAGUGUUGCUCUUAUUACAACUAAUCAAUCAGUAAUGAAACAUUCAGAAAGUUAUAUGCUGGAACAUAAAGAUAGAAAUGCAAAAAUGGCAUUUGGAUUUUUAUCUUUGGACUGGCCUAAAGAUAAACAUGCUGGUCCUUCGUAUAAAGCUGCUGUUACUACAUUAAUAAAAAGUUGGAUUGAUUAUGAAUUAUCACCGCUCAAUACGAUAACUAUGUUAUUGGAAUGGUUACCAAAUGAAGUUACAAAAUUGGAAAAAUCAAACGAUUACUUGAAUAGAUUGCCAUCAAUAAGUAGAAAUAAUUUUCACUUACUGUAUAAAAAGAUAUUCGAUGGUAUGAUUAAAGGUGUGAAAAUAUCUUUAUCGAAAGCUACUAGAGAUCCUGAAAGGAUACAAAUAUGGCUAGAUGUUGGAACGAAUGUUCAAAAAAUGGUACAAAUAUGUAAAACAUUGAAGACAAAAACUAAUAUACUUAUCUUCUUACGAUGCAUGCCUCUCCUUUUACGAUUGUUCUUAAAUUCUGGCAUACCAAUUUUGGAACAUAAUUUAAAAUACCAAUCAGAUGAUAUAACUAAAUCAGUAAAAUUGAUGCAAGUUGGUACAAAAUAUUUGCAUGCAGUAUGUUGCGAUGGGAUGGAAAAAAAAGACACGAUAUUAUCCAAACAUAUACCCGCAGCAAAAUCUGUGCUUGAAAGAUUAGUCUACAGUGUGAAAGGGAUGUUUGUACUCAACAAUAGUUCUACAGCAUUUUGGAUGGGAAAUCUUUUAAAUAAAAAUUUAGAAGGUCAAGAAAUACUUUCUCAGGCAACAUCGUCCGAAGAAACAACGUUACCAAGCGUUGAUUCGAUUACGAAUGAAACGUCAAAUAUAUCGUCAGAGGUACUAGAAAGUGAUUCAAGUAAUGAGGAGAAGUCUAUAGAAAAUAUGGAAGAUUGUGAUGAUGAUGGUGAUGGUGAUGAUGAUGAUAAUGAUGAUAAUGAUGAUAAUGACGAUGAUGAUGAUGAACAAAUAUAAGUGUUAUAUACUAUAUAAACAUGCAACCAAUUAUCAAAAUCAGUUUUUCUAAUUACCAGUUAAAGUAUCGCUAAAUAAUUGUCGCUUCCACGAUAAAUCUGGCAUAAGAGUUUCUUCCA